AUGGUAACAAAUAGCACACGUGCUGCGAGUGGGGGUAUCUUUGGGGAAUCAUUUCAGUUUGUUGAGAAUGGAGAGCGUUUGCUCUCUGUAGGAGCCCGGCUCUAUGGCAGUCGUUCAUCCACACUACUGCUUGUACUUGAUGUUGACACUGUACUUGUAGCUGGAAUUUUCAUUUAUCCUGGAUUUUUCAUCGACUUUCAGAAGGAAGAGUGUUCACAUGGGGCUGGGGAGGUUCCAAUGGGACGUUCUCUGAAGUUGGACAUUCUUCGAGGUCAUGGAAGUGAUGUGGACCAGAUUCUCACUGCUGUGGCUCUGCAAUCCACGGACAAAGUCUUCACAUCCAUCAAAUAUGAUGCAUACUGGAAUGGGAAUCCCAAUAACAUGGGGAUCGUAAACAGCAGAACUGUUCACAAACUUACACCUUUUAGAGAUAAUUUAGCUAAGUUUGAGCUAAAUCACGCAUUUGAUGCUGAAAUGACUUUUAUGAGCGCCAUAGAUGCCAUGGUUGAGAGGAAUGUUGUCUGGCUCGAGGUCAUGGAGGAGUAUAUAUGUGCUUCAUCCCCCCCAGCCAACAUUUGCUACUCGCCACAGCUUCUUAAUCUGCCUUUGUUUCUGAAGAUCCUCAUCUUCAUAGGAUUGGUUGGUGAAGUUGUGUUGUGGGGGGAAGAUGAUUCCCUUGAUGAAAUAGAAGAGAUAUGUGUAUGUGCUGGAACAGUUAACGAGAAAAAGAAGUGA